UGGGCAGCCUCGCCGUGCUGUGCCGGAGCCUCUGGGGCGGGGAGCCGAGCCGGGCCCGCUGCCGCGGGGAGCGCAGCCCCCGCCCCGCCCGGCGGGCGGCCCCGCCGCGCCCCCGGCUCCGCUCCUCUCACCGCGCUGGGCUUCCCCGGCCGGCGGCGGGAGGAGCCGCUGUUUCCGCUGGGUGUCACUGCGGUGGGAGAGGCGCGUUCAAAAGCGGAGGGGAGGGAAAAGCCCGCCGACAACCCCGGCCGCACGCACCGGCAGCGCCCGCCACUCGCCACGCCGCGGCACGGGCGGCAGCCGCUCCGCUUCCUGCGGGCCGGGGCGCUCCCGGCGCUCCGCCUCGGAGCCGGCGCCCGGCGGAGAGUGCUCGGCUGGUGCCGCCUGCACCCCGAGCCCAGCCCCUGCCGGCGGAGGCCGUCUAACCCUGCCAGAAGGAUGCUGGAGAGCGGCUGUAAGGCGGUGAAGGAGGGCGUGCUGGAGAAGAGGAGCGACGGGCUGCUGCAGCUCUGGAAGAAGAAGCGCUGUAUCCUCACCGAAGAGGGGCUGCUCCUCAUUCCCCCCAAGCAUCCCCCGCCGCCGCAGCAGCAGCAGCAGCCGCCGGCGCCUCCGGCCGAGCCGGCGACCAAGAUCAAGGAGCUUCACUUCUCGAACAUGAAGACGGUGGACUGCGUUGAGCGGAAGGGCAAGUACGUGUACUUCACGGUGGUGAUGGCCGAGGGGAAGGAGAUCGACUUUCGGUGCGCGCAGGAGCAGGGCUGGAACGCGGCGAUCACGCUGCAGAUGGUGCAGUACAAGAACCGCCAGGCCAUCCUGGCCGUGCGCUCCACCCGGCAGAAGCAGCAGCACCUGGCGGCGCCGCACGGGCCGCGCCUCCGCGGCGCCUCCAACUCCGCCUAGCGCAGGUUACGGUCACGGAGCGCUUCGGAGAAGAGGGGCAGGGCGCGUUCCUGGCGGACCUGCUCCCGGGGCUCACAAACUGGGCAAACGCCGGAGGGGCAGGUAGACCGGAGAGAAGCGGCUCAAUAGCCUGAACCUCGGCCAGCUGCUGCUGCUGCUUUGCCGCCCUCGGUGCCGAGAAACAUUUCAAAUCCAUUAUUUAUGAACGUUGGAAAGGAUCCUUUGGUGCGAUGGGACUUCUAGGAGACAUGAUGUACUGUAACUUUAUUUUAAUGUAUUUUAUUUUAUUUAUUAGGGUUGUUUUCUUUUGGUUUUGUUUUCCUUUUUUUAAGGCUUAUUUGCAAGACAUUUUUGAAUGUAGGCCAUAUCAAAAAAGUUGAGGAAAAAAUAAUAUGCAUGUUAGCUCCCUAAAAGAACGGAAAAACUCUGGGUACUUUGACUGUGUGCAAUUUGACAAAAAAAAAUCAUUUUUUAUCCAAAAUACAUUAUAUUCCACCAGCAUGGAAAAUGUGAUGUGUGUUUCAAAAUUUGGCUGAAACCUAUACUGCAUAUGAGACCUAAUUUCUCUAAUGAGAACAACAGUUAUAGUCUGGACCUUAAAUGACUUUUUUUUUUAAAUAUUAAACAUGGUGGAAGAGUAUAAAAAGUUAUUCAUGCUUGGCUAUCCAAAAAAGCAAUUUUGCUCAUCAUUCUGAGAUUAAAACCAAUCUGUUUAGUGUAUGAGCGGAAGGAAUCUGACCAGCUUCUUUUGUGAUACAGGAAUGUGAGUUGGAUUCCAGCUGGCUGUGUGGUGUGCCUGCUCCUAGGCCGGUGGGCCAGAGGUGGGACAUGAAGUGUUCAUGAACGUUUCUUAGUGUCCAAGUUCAGGGCUCCCUCUGCACGCUCAGUUCUGAAGUGAUCUGGACUCUCAAUCUGUGUUACAUUUUCAUGGCGGUUUUUUAAUGUCUUGCAUUAAAGCAGUCAACAGUUUAAAAUCUGUUUUAUGUAUGUCUUAGUGUGUAAGUGGAUUAUUUUGGUCACAGUUUUCAUAAGCUUAAAGUUGCUCUCUAGCUGAGAUGAACUAGAUUAAUUUUGGUGUUUAGCACUGUCAGAUGUUGAGAGAGGAGUGCCAUCUUGCCUCUGAAGACAUUGAUGAAGCCAUGAAGUUGGAAAACAAAGGGCUAAUUGCACAGCUGGUGUGUGUUUCUCUGCCCCUUAAAAGUCAGUGGGAGUUUGGCUGCUGGUGCUGGCGGGAGUGGGUCGGAGCUCCUUGCCCAGUGCAGAGGAGGGAGUCAGGCGUGGGCAGUGAGCUUUCUAGGACAGCGCCCUUCUGACGAUGGGUGGCUUCACGCUGGGUGCUGCUACCGCCCAAGUUCUCUGGUUUAAAUGAAAUGGAGAGGCUGCCAGUGGGACAGAGCAAUGUGGCCCGUUAUCUCUGAUCCAAAGUAAAAUAUCAAAGCCAUGGAGGUACUUAUUUUACCUAGCGUGGUGAGGAAAAUGGCUUUUGGCCCCUUUACAUUAAUAUAAACAAAAUCUUUUAAAGCUACACACCCAAGGCUUUUCUUUUUGUGUAAAUGAGGUGUAACUUGAUAGCAAGAGCCUUACGUUCUUGGUGCAAGCCUAUUUCUGUAAAUGUUUAAAGCAAGAAGCUGAAUUGAUACUCAAAGGAAGAUUUUAGAAUUUGCUGUGUACAUCAGUCCCCUCCUCUGCACUCUUAAGCUCAGUCCCGUAAGGAGUAAGUUGAGGUCUGUGUUAGCCGUCUUUUAUUCCUUCCCCCAGGUGUCAGGGUCACAUACCUAGACAAGCAAAACAUGUCAUGAUGCAGAAUUUAAGCCCUGACCAUCCUCGUAGUUACUCCUGAGCACUUCUUUUUGACCUGGCUCUUGACAAGGUGAUGAACUUAGGGUGGUAGAUUACAGCUGUCCUAACAAAGUCGUUAUUUUGCUGUUAAUUGGAAUCGAAGGUGCCCCGCAUCUUCUAGGAUUAGGUUCGCUGGCUUGGCAUUCAUAAUACUCAAUUUCCACUUGUCUGUACAUCUGCCAUUAUCGUUCUGCUAAUGCUGGGAUGUUAGAGCUGCAAGGGGGUUCUCUAAUGAGCUAGUCAAAGACUCACAGGAUAGACUGUAAUUUGUCAUUUGGCUCCUCUCUUUAGAGUGAUUAAUUACACUUUACUGAGAAACUAAUCCACCUUUUCAGGUAUACAGAUGUAUUACUGAUCUCACCUACUAAAAUACAUUUUAGCCUACUGAAGGACAAAUGUAGCUGAUGAGAAUUAAUUCCUAUUUGAUCAGAGACACAUGUAUUUCUCUGAGACAGGCAGUUAUUCUUGUGGAUGCAAGCCUCUGAAUGCCACAAAGUCUAUGGAUGUAUUCUAAAGCUGAAAUUUUACUGUUCUUCUGGAAGUACUUGUACUUUGAAACCUAAAGAUUGUAAUUUCAGUGAGAAAAUUGACAUGAAGGUGUGAGGAAACUACUUUCAUUUCAAAUUUGCUGCUCCUUUAUACUGGUUCAAGGUCAAUACCCCACUUCCAUGUUUCUUGCUUUAAGUUGGUCUUGAGGAUGAUCUGAAAACUUUUUGGACUGAUGUAGUUAAACUUUUGUUGAUUGUCACUCCCUGCUGGGUUACCUGUUUCAAAACUUUGGUUUCAGCCAGCCUCCUAGUGUGAGAGGUGGUCACAUCACAAAAUCUACCUUGAUACCUCCAGCUUGAGAGGGUGGGAUGGGUGUAAGGAUCAAACUUUUUCCUUCUGUUUCCAAACUGUCUGCUGGAAACUGAAUGAGAACAAAUUGGCUGGGGUCCUCUGGGGACAUUCAGAUCGUGUGGCUCAUGCCCUGUCAGUAUAAAUUAGGCUAAAUUGUCUGAUGGGGACAGCCUGAUAACUUUCUCACGCUCUGAAUUCCACGAUGUGUGAGUUUUUUUGGGUUUUGGGGUUAGUUUGGUUUUGUGGGGGUUUGUUUGUUUGUUUGGGUUUUGGGGUUUUUUUGUUUGUUGUUUUGUUUUGUUUUUUGUUUUUUCCUCUCCUUGACUGAUAGUAAUUUUAAACCAAGAAAUUGUUUGAUGUUAUAAAAGGUACUUCUGGAAUUUUUUUCAUCUUGUCCCUCUAUUACUGCAUAGUCUUCAUUUGAACAUAUGGAUUCAUUUGAAUCCAUAGUCUGGAUUUAAUACUGUGCGUUACUGCCUUGUAAGCAGUGGCUAUGAAAAUAGGUUCAGCACGUCAUGCUCCAUCUUAUUGGAGAUUUGCAAGUAAAUAAAUCAAGUUGUCUUUCCUCUUCCACAAAAAAAAAAAAAAAAAAAAAAAUCUGACAGCACAUGGCUGAAGUAAAUUCAUUAGAGAAUAAACAAAAAUGCUGGUAAAAUACACACAGGCAACAAAUGCUUGGUAGCAAAAGUGGGGACAGUCUGUUCAAAAAGAGGCCAAAAUUAUUUGUAAUUUAAAAAAAAAAAAAAUCAAGGGGCAGAUUCAACAAGAAAUCCAAGCUGUGAUGACCAAGAGAAUUUUGGAACCGGAGGGAAAAGGAAGAUGGAUGUUGUUUCUGUGACAUCCUGAAGUAAUUCCUCUUUUUUAAGGUUCAUGAUAUUCAAAUGCCAGCUUCUGAAUUGUAGCUGCAGCAAUGUACAAAAUGUUUUCUAGCAUAUCCUCCUGUGAGCAGAAAUAUCAGUGUCGUCAAAAAAAGUUUGUGUGUAAAUAUGAAUCAUAAAUGAUUUCUGAGAGAUGUGACUUAUUUUUCAUAUUUUUCAAGAUACAUUCCAUUUCAAAUAAAGAGGUAUCUAUUGAAAGAGC